AUGAAUCAGUCUAACAUUGAUCUUCUUCAUUUACCUAAUGAAAUAUUAUUUAUUAUAUUAAAAAAGCUCGAUAAUAUGGAUGUUCUUUAUUCAUUGUUAGGUGUUGAUAAUCAACGACUUGACAGUAUAGUAGAAGAAAAUACUUUUACUAAUACUCUUAAUUUUGUAUUAACAACACCAACUGAUGAUACUUUUUCGAUUGCUGAUCCAAUACUUAAUCGAUUCUGCAAUUCAAUAUUGCCAAGAAUUCAUUACAAUGUUAAAUCUCUUAUUCUUCAUUCAAUAUCUAUGAAACAUAUUCUUCUUACUGGUGAUUAUCCUAAUCUAACUCAACUUAAACUAUUCAAUUUUAAUGAAAAAAUUGUUUCAAGUUAUUUUACAGUUGAAUCACCUUUUCGACGUAUUUUUCAACAACAAAUUACAGAUCUUAUUCUUGUAUUCGAAAAGGAUUUUAAUGAAAUAUCAUCUGUACAUUAUACAAUCGAUGUCUAUGGAUAUAUUUUGAAAUUCUUCGUAAAUUUAAAACAUUUAUCUAUUAUUGGAUUAUUUCCGCAUUGUUUUCCAUUUGUACAAUUUCGUGAUAUACCCUUAAAUAUUUGCUUCUCUUCAACUCUUUGUAAAUUAUCUAUUUCUAUUGAAAAUCUUGAAGAUUGUUAUGCUUUACUUGAUGGUCGUCUUAAACAAUUAACUACAUUAAUUGUUGAUAUUAUUCAUUCAAAAUAUCAUUCAUCAAAUAUUUAUAAUACAGAUAAUCUACCUAAUUUGAAAUGUUUCUCUUUAACAACAUGUUAUUGCUCAACUGAUACAUAUGAUAAUCGAAUUUUACCUCUUUUUCGUCGUAUGUUAAAUCUUGAAGAAUUAACUUUGAAUAUUACUGUUGUAAAUCGAACUACAUUUAUUGAUGGUACUUUUAUUUAUAAUGAAAUUUUUGUUCAUAUGCCUCGACUUCAUAUGUUUUAUUUUUAUAUUUGUACUGAUACCGAAACAGAUCGUUUAGUUCGUCAUUUAUCUAAAGAUGAUAUUCAACGAACUUUUACUAAGAUUUUAUUUCAAGAAGUGGAAUCUAUUGUGAACUACCCAUGUAGUACUGUUACAUGUCAUGUUUUCUCAUUACCAUUCAUGUUUGAGUAUCUCUGUUGUAUUGGUAAUAUAUUUCCAACUAUUAUUUUCAAUCAUGUUAAAGACUUAUCGGUACAAGAUAAAGUUCCAUUCGAACAUGAAUUUUUCAUUCGAAUUGCUUCAUCUUUUCCGUUGCUACAAAAAUUAUCUAUUAUUAAUCUUCGACCACAAUCAGCAAACUCUAAUGAUAAUCAAUUAUAUUCAAUUGUUAAAUAUCCUUAUCUUAUUUCACUUCGUCUUAUGGUUGUUUAUCAUGAUUAUGUUGAACAAUUUCUCAAUGAUACAAAAACACAUCUACCCCGUCUAACUGAAUUAGCAGUCGAUGAUAAUCAAUUGAAAUUGGUCACAGAAAACUUUACAAGAGAUACAACACGGCUCAAUUGUAUCAAAGUAAAUAAAUUAGAUAUCGAUCAAACAAAAGUACAAUCAAAAGAUUUCUAUAUUUAUUUUCCUUUGUUAAAACCUUGUUUUUUUUCUGAAUAA